ACGAAGUCAUCGCACGGCGCAAAGCGGCGGUAAUAGGAAGAGGUCGGCCAAACAUGGAAGACGCUUCAAAAUGUUGCUUGCGCGAACGUUUUUCGGGAUCGAAGGACGGGUAUAACAUGGUCUGGGGACGGUUGGAGGGUUUAUUUUCACGACUGCAUGGCAACGGCGUUUCGACCCAGUCUGUUUCCACAUCUUUCCUCGUAUCAAUAUCUACCUUAUUCUCGGUUUGCUGCAUUUUCUUCAAUUGGCUAGAGCUCCCGCACCCCUAGGAUCCCCGAAGAGGAGCAAGACGAUCACGAGUCAAUCUAGCGUUUCGGAAGGCUCAGACGAUGUUUAUCACUGUGGAAAUAUUUCAUAUUGAGUUAAGGACAUCGCUCGGCUAGAAUCUCAUAGUCAAAUCUC